GGCUUGGUCCAGAUCCAAAAAUUUGCAUGCCAAGGGCCACUUGAAUGUGAAGCUCCCCGGAUUCUCACUACCUGACAUGCAAAACUGGUGGAGGACCAGUUAAAAUGGCACACACGCACAAUCAGCACAGGUGUACUCCUGCUAAGAGUGACGCUCCAACCGCCCAUCCUUUACCAGAGCUAAAACAUUCACCAUCCUUUCCAGAGAGUGUUAUGAAAAUGAGUGCUGUGAUUUUACUAGGACACUCUACUUGCUGACUGUCAAAGGAGAUGGUUGCACUUGUAAGAGCAGAACACUGGACAUUAGCAAAUUAAAUCUCUUAGCACUGUGACAGGAUCAGGGGGCAACGUUUAAAUAAGAGAGAGGUCAGGAAAUAGAAGAAAACCAAGAAGUGACAGAUUUAAAGGAUGCCAAGGUCUUUCCUUGUGAAAAAGAAACGUGGGCCAUGUGGAGCAUGGCAGUGGAAAGAAUCAGAACAACAUGAGUGGAAAGAAGAAAAUCCACAAGUGAGUGAAAAUAUUGAAAAACAGAUAUCCUGCAGUCCUGGCACCCAAGAGCCUGCCGCCAUGCCUCAGCCAGUAAUCCCCUCAGGACGUGAUGCAACAAGAGGAAUUAUAGUGCCAGUACCUUUAGCAGGACUGGGAGGACCAAGAGCUGAUACCAGGCCGGACUGGUCUACUGUGAUGCUCCGGGGCUCCUACCAUCCCAGUACAAUGGCACUGGUCAGCAGAGCAAAGCCACGUCCCCGUACUUCCCCUGUCUCAGGUGACUUUGUUUGCUCAGUGUGCCACAAGAUCUUCCCUCUACAACGCAUGUUAACCCGCCACUUGAAGUGCCACAGCUUGGUGAAGAGGCAUCCUUGUCGGUUCUGUGGCAAAGGAUUCAAUGACACCUUCGACCUAAAGAGACAUAUGCGAACACACACAGGUAUCCGUCCCUACAAGUGUGAGCUGUGUGAGAAAGCUUUCACACAGCGUUGCUCUCUGGAGUCUCAUAUGAGAAAGAUUCAUGGUGUACAUCAGCAGUAUGCUUACCGCCAGAGACGCUCCAAGAUCUUUGUAUGUGAGGAUUGUGGUUAUACAUCAAGCCGGCCUGAUGAGUACUUCCUCCAUGUGAGACAAUGCCACCCUGGCAGCCCUGCUCUCCGCAGGUACUACCGUCGUCAGGCUCAUGAGAACAGCACCUUUCCAUCAGAAGAUCGUAAACUCAGUCCCUAUUUGCUCUACCCAGCCUCUGCAUACUACAUGUAGGUUUUAUUCUAAUGCUACAUUAUUUCAUAGAUCUUACAAAACUAUUCAGAAGUAAGUAUUCCCUUGUGUAAUAUGUAGGCCAUGUGUGUCAGUAUACUUGCGCUAAUACCCUUUUGUGCUUAUUUACUUUUUUGCUUUUAGCAAAUGCUUUUAAUCAAAACCUUAAAAUAAAAAUGAAGGUUUGUACAUUAUUCUUAAUGUUUUUAAUCUAUCUGUAAUCUACUAAGCCUGACCUGUUAAGUUAGCAGUAAUAAUAAAGAAAUUCCAAAUGUUUGCUCGGAAAAAAUAAAUACUUUUCAUUAACAGUUAGGUAGGUACGUUAUGUUGUGUUUUCUUUCAGUUAUUAGAAAAGCAGCCUUGCAAAACUGAUUUUAUUGUCAUUUAUAUUUUUGUAAUAGGAAGAACCACUGAACUUAUAUAUAUUUUGGAAAUAAAACUAAAUUUACCCUUACCUUAAGGUGGUGCAAAGUUCUUUUUACUACUACUACUUGGAUAAAUCUAAUAUGCACCUGUGCUUGUGGGUUGUUUUCUGCUGUCCCUUAUCCUGCACUUCUCUAUAGUUGAUGCUACCAGCAGUGAGGACUUUGCUGUAUCUAUUUUUACUUUAUUUUUUUCUCUCUGUGAAAAGAACGGUAGGCAUGGGGCUGGUUGCUUUAAAACCUUGGUAGAACCUCAAAAUCCCAUCCUUUCGUGAACCUCGGGACCAAAAAUGGUCCCGCCCCAAAAGUGCUCUAAAAAUGUUAUAUAUCAAUAUUUUUUUCUACUUUAAAUUAGUCAAUCUUUUAAAACUACUUCUGCUUAAAAUAUCCAUGUCAAGUUUUAAUUAUAUUUUCAUUGUUUUAACCCUUUAAAUCCCAGUUUUAUUACAUGAGCGCCCUGUUUUUUUAGCCCCAAAAAACAAAAAAACUAAAUAUUUUCCAAAAAAAACAUUUGAAGUAAUAUUUGUUUGUUAUUAUAAUUAGGCCUUUAGAUGGACUAAAGAUUGGCACCAACAGUCAUUUCGAUCGCCUUUUAUUUUUUUUCCAGGAGCGCAUUUCAUAAAAUGCACACUAUCGACCACGCCC